CGGCCACGUGAGGAUACUAUUUACACCUCACGCGUUCGUUAGCAAGGCGUCGAAGAAGAGCAACUUCCGUUUUCCGCUCGGCUCCCGCCCCGCUCCGCCAUCAUGAAGUCCUGAACAAAAACGGAUGAGAGUCGAGCAAAAUGGGGAUAACACGAACUGUUGAUGAAAUCCGCCGACAGCAUUAUCGUAAUGACAGUGCACAGUGCUGAGCGGAGCGGAGCUGUCCAUUUGAAUGCACCAGCCUCCCACUGAAAGCGUCCCCGGCAGCUCCUGGCGUUGCGUUAUUUAGUUAGCGCUGGUGCUAACAGCAGCCAGAGCUAGCCGCUGAUUUUCUCGACGCUGCUGCUGCUAGGUUAGCUGACAGGCGUCGGUCUAGCUAGCUGUCACUUAAACUGACUGCCACUUGACUCAUGUCAAGUCGCACACGCCUGCUAGCUGUCCAAUUGACUGGGGGCAUCAGGAUGGAGAGGGGUUUAAGUAAAAGCAUCGACAGGCAGAAUGUGGUUUAUUGGUGUUGAAUAGACACCAGCACCGAGGAAAGAGGAGUGAAGACCACUAUUUUCCAGCCAGGCCAGUUAGCUAGCUUCAGAGCUAGCUACAGUGGAUCCCAAAAGCCACGGCGCUGGCCAUGCCGUCGAGUGUGCGGGCCGGGAGCCUGAAGGACCCGGAGGUGGCUGAGCUCUUCUCGAGGGAGGAUCCCGAGAAGUUCUUCACGGACCUGAGGGAGAUCGGCCAUGGGAGCUUCGGAGCAGUGUACUUUGCCCACGACAUCCGCACAAAUGAGGUGGUGGCCAUCAAGAAGAUGUCAUAUAGUGGCAAACAGUCCAAUGAGAAAUGGCAGGAUAUCAUCAAGGAAGUGAAGUUCCUCCAGAAACUGCGCCACCCCAACACUGUGGAGUACCGUGGCUGCUACCUGAGAGAGCACACAGCCUGGCUGGUGAUGGAGUACUGCUUGGGUUCAGCUUCUGACCUUUUAGAAGUCCACAAGAAACCGCUGCAGGAAGUGGAGAUAGCUGCCAUAACCCAUGGUGCAUUGCAGGGAUUGGUGUAUCUUCACUCUCACAACAUGAUUCACAGGGAUGUGAAGGCCGGAAACAUCUUGUUGACAGAGCCAGGUCAGGUCAAACUGGGAGACUUUGGCUCGGCCUCUAUUGUCGCUCCAGCCAACUCCUUCGUGGGAACACCUUACUGGAUGGCCCCUGAGGUGAUCUUAGCCAUGGAUGAGGGUCAGUACGACGGGAAGGUGGAUGUGUGGUCACUUGGCAUCACCUGCAUAGAGCUGGCGGAAAGGAAGCCUCCUCUGUUCAACAUGAAUGCUAUGAGUGCCUUAUACCACAUCGCCCAGAAUGAGAGCCCUGUGUUGCAGUCUAAUCACUGGUCGGAUUAUUUCCGCAAUUUCGUGGACUCCUGUUUGCAGAAGAUCGCCCAGGACAGACCUACCUCUGAUGUGCUGCUCAAGCACCAUUUCCUAUGCAGAGAGCGUCCCAUGACAGUUGUGAUGGACCUGAUUGCACGCACCAAGGAUGCUGUUCGUGAGCUGGACAACCUUCAGUACCGGAAGAUGAAGAAAAUCCUCUUUCAUGAGGCGCACAAUGGUCCCGCACCUGAAGGAGGCGAUGAGGAAGAGGAUGUGGAGCAGUACAUGCUGCGCACCGGCACAGUCAACAGCAUGGAGAGCUCCCACUCUCUGCCAUCCAUGUCCAUCAGCGCCAGCUCCCAGAGUAGCUCGGUCAACAGUCUGGCAGACGGCUCCGAUGACAGUGGGGAGAUGGCCAUGAUGCAGGAGGGAGAGCACACCGUCACCUCCAACAGCUCCGUCCUGCACAAGCCGCUGAGCCAUGACAACAUCUAUGAUGAUCCCUAUCAGCCAGAGGUUGAUUCUCAGCGAGAAGCUGCAUCUGCUGGUGGUGGUGGAGGAGGAGGAGGGGGAGGGGGCAGACGUCGACGAGGCCGAGACCAUUUUGCCACCAUCAGGACCGCCUCACUGGUCACCCGUCAGAUCCAGGAACACGAGCAGGGCUCUGCACUGAGAGAGCAGAUGUCCGGAUAUAAGCGAAUGCGGCGUCAGCACCAGAAGCAGCUGAUGGGCCUGGAGAACAAGCUUAAGGCCGAGAUGGACGAACAUCAGCUGAGAUUGGACAAAGAGCUGGAGAAUUUGAGGAACAGCUUCUCAGUGGAAGGAGAAAAACUCACCAAGAAGCACCAGGGUAUCCUGGAGAAAGAGGGAAAGGCGGUCGUGUCUGAGGAGAAGAAGUUCCAGCAGCACAUUCUGACGCAGCAAAAGAAGGAGCUGACCGGCCUGCUGGAUUCCCAGAAACGACAGUAUCGCCAGCGCAAAGAGCAGCUCAAAGAGGAACUGAACGAGAAUCAGUCAACGCCAAAGCGGGAGAAACAGGAGUGGUUGGUGCAUCAGAAGGAGUGCCUGCAGCAGCGGCAGGCUGAGGAAGAGGCGGGUCUGCUGCGGAGGCAGAGGCAGUAUUAUGAGGUGCAGUGUCGCCAGUACAAGAGGAAGAUGCUGCUGUCACGCCACAACCUGGAGCAGGAUCUGCUCAGAGAGGAUCUGAACAAAAAGCAGACUCUGAAGGACUUGGAGUGUGCCAUGCUGCUGCGUCACCACGAAUCCACCCAGGAGCUGGAGUUCCGCCAGCUGAGUUUGGUGCAGCGUACGCGGGCCGAGCUGAUCCGCACGCAGCACCAGACGGAGCUCACCAACCAGAUGGAGUAUAACAAGAGGCGCGAGCAAGAGCUGCGUCAGAAACACGCCGUGGAGGUCCGCCAACAGCCCAAGAGCCUCAAAUCCAAAGAGCUUCAGAUCAAGCGUCAGUUCCAGGAUACCUGUAAGAUCCAAACCCGCCAGUACAAGGCCCUGCGCAACCACCUCCUGGAGAACACGCCCAAAUCGGACCACAAGGCCGUGCUGAAGCGGCUGAAGGACGAGCAGACUCGUAAGCUGGCCAUCCUGGCCGAGCAGUAUGACCACUCCAUCAAUGACAUGCUGUCCACACAAGCUCUGCGACUGGAUGAGACGCAGGAAGCGGAGUACAAGGUGUUGCGGAUGCAGCUGCAGCAGGAGCUGGAGUUGCUUAACGCCUAUCAGAGCAAGAUCAAGAUCCACACGGACACGCAGCACGAGAGAGAAGUCAAGGAUCUGGAGCAGAGGGUGUCCAUCCGCCGGGCCCUGCUGGAACAGAGGAUCGAGGAGGAGAUGCUGUCCCUGCAGAACGAGCGCUCAGAGCGUAUCCGCACCCUCCUGGAACGGCAGGCCAGCGAGAUCGAGGCGUUCGAUGCAGAGAGCCUGCGUCUGGGUUUCAGCAACAUGGCGCUGACCGGCAUUCCCAGCGAAGCCUACCCCAAACAGGCCUACUCCAACGCGCCGCCCUCCAGCUCCCGCUCAGCUGGCCACUGGAGUCACGGCAUCCACCCGCAGAACGUGCCCUCCCAGCAGCUCUCCCGCCGCAGCCACAACAGCAGCGGCGGCGGGGAUCGCAGGGGCGAGUCCUCCUCUUCCUCGCACGGCCUGGGCAUGGCCCUGGGGCUGGGCCGGGAGGGGAGGGAGAUGCACCACUCAUCGCGCUCUUCCGCCUCUUCUUCCUCCUCCUCCUCCUCUUCGUCUUCCUCCCACCACCAGCGACACCACCUACCCCAGCACUACCACCACCAGAGCACGCCACAGCUCUACCGCGAGCGGGAGAGGGAUCGAGAUAGGGAGCGGGAGAAGGAGAGGGAGCGGGAGUGGGCCGGAGUGCGGGGCUCCGGCGGCGACCUGGCCCACCCACACCCCCUGCCCUUCUCCCAUCACCUGCCCUCACGCUCCUCCUCUCAGUCCCUGGCGAUGCUGCCUCCCCCGCCCCCUGCCCCUCCCUCCAUCUCCGGGCCGUCCUCCUCCUCUUCUUCUUCCUCCUCCUCGCAGGGGGGGAUUUACGGCGGAGGUGGCGGCGGCGGCAGCGGGCUGGCCGUGCGUGGCGCCCCCAGCCUGAUGGCCCUGAGAAACAGCCCCCAACCUCUGAGGAGAACGGCGUCCGGCGGGGGGCCAGGAGGCGCCGGGGGUAGCGACGGCGUCCUGAGCCGAAGCACCUCAGUCACUUCGCACAUCUCCAACGGCUCCCACCUCUCCUACUCUUAGACAGCAGGCGGUAAAACAGCGGAGAGCCUGGUAGGAAGAAGGGUGGGAGGGAUUUAGGAAGGUAGCUACCACAGGCUGCAUCUCAAUACUCUCAGCUUGCCACCUUUCUUUCUUUCCUUCCUGGGCUGAUCUCAAUUCUAAACUCUUAACACAAAGGAUUUAGGGACGUAGCCAUUUUCUCUUAACGCGCAGAAAGUCAAAGAGAUCAGAAGCAAAGAAAGGACAAACUGACAUUAUUGAGCUGCACCCUGCCUCUUUAGACUCAGGGUGGGUGGAGAGGUUUCCUUCCAUUCCCACAAGUAUCAAAGAGGGAGGGAGGGAGGAAUGUAACCACCUGUAAAAUCACUGGAUUAGGGUGACAUUAGGUUAAAAAAAAAAGACACUUCUGUUUAAUGUUUUUAUCUUUGUAUAAAAGUGAGAUAAGGCGCGUGAAAGAGGGGACGAUUAGCAUUUUUUUCCCUGUUUGUGUCCUCCUGGAACUGCACAGAGAGAGAGAGGGGAUGGCAGCCAUGUCUUCUUCUAUGAUGUUCUUUGCUGGAAUGGAGAAAGAGCGAGGACGAGGGAGGAAACGAGGGUGAUGUUUUGUUGCAUUGUGUGUGUACUCGUAUGUAGUUCGUAGUAGUCCAGAUAUUAUCCAGCAAGCGCCCGUAAACUGGACACGCCGAAUGGGCAGAAUACAAGAAGAAAAAUAGGGUGGGGGUGAGGGGUUACUCUAAUAUCCAGACUUCUGGAGUUUGGAAAAACAUUUUUUUAUUGCUUUAAACUUUUUUUUUUUUUUUGUUAAUUUCUCUCUUUUUUUGUAUUGUGUAUUUAAAAGAAAAAACACACACGUAAAAAAGUUGCUCGGAACGUCACCAAUGCCUUUAAGGGGUUCUUAAAGGGAUGUCGUGCCAUCUGAUUUUUUUUUUUUUUUUUUUAUUUGACGGCUGCGAGGCGAUUCAAAGCCGAAUACAAAUAACACGGAAUGUUUGUAAAGUUAAGAGACUCUUCUUUAAAAAAACAAAAAGAGAUAAAAGAAAAAGGAAAAAUGGGAUGAGGAAAAAUCUUUAUGUGGAAAUGUACAAAUACAUAUGGAGAGAGGGGGAAAAAACACAUAGCUUUCUGGCAUCCAUGACGUAUUGAGUAUCUAAACAACAUAGGUGUCUAUGGGAGUCACUCCAAUUGCAUGAGAUAGAUGUGCAAAAAAGAAAAAAGAAAAAAAAACAUUUGUAAAAACAUGACCAAACACAUUUGAAAUGUACCGUACCUGUCCCGAGUUUCACUGGCAUUUAAAACCACUCGUCCCACAUUUGGUUAGUUUUUGGAUCUUUACUGUACAUAUUUAUGGGAAUAUUAAAGAAAAAACAACAAAAAAACAAUCAUUUGGUUUUAUAGAGUAACAAAGAUAAUGAUAGUAAUUUUGAUAUAUUCAAAAAUGACUAUUGAAUUCAAGAUUUAGAGUGACAGCUCCAAUUGCAUUUUCUAUAGGUGUCAAUAUUACCAUAACUAAUCCUGAUGUAAGUGUUGUUGUAAUCAUGUUCACGGUUAUUUUUUAAUUUUUAUUUUUUUCUUGCGACAAGCAAAAAGGGCCCACUUUUGGCUGUGUAACAAACAAAAAAAACACAAAAAAAGGUGAUAAAAACUGUUGUCAGGUGUGGUGUGUUCAAGGUCUUAAUGAUUAUUAAUAAGGGAUUAUUGAUAAUUGUUAAUGAUUUAUUUUGUAUGUGUGUCGAGCAGUAAAGUCUAGUUAUAUUACCACUUCUUUCUUUUUUUUCAUUUUUAGACUGAAUUUCAAAGAGACACUCUUACAACAACACCCCGCUAUUCACGUGAACACAGACCUCUUCUGGACUUUCAUAGAGGAAAAAAAAAAUUGGCCACUGGAAUGUAAACGCUGGUUUUCCUUUUUUAUUUGUUUUCAGGGUUAAGUUGAGAAUCUGACUGCUGAAGGGUGCAGCAUGCAAUCAGUAUGUUUAAAAAAAAAUAUUUUUAAAGUGUGCGGAGAAGGAAGUGAAAGUGAAAGGACGGGCCUCGACCGAGCUGCUGUGGAGGUGCGCCCUCUGGUGCCGGCACAGCAGCAGUGACAGCAGCAGCCCGUCCACACGGAUCAAUAAGACCCAUCAGUGUUUGGUGUGACGCCCACAGAGGGUCUCGUGGGCUGAUAUUUACUUGAAGAAGAUCAGAAAUAACUUUUUUGUUUCUGUUUUUUUUUUUUUUAUUCUUGUUACUUUAUUUAAAAAAAUGGAAAAAAGGAUAAUCACCCUGCUGUUUGUAUGACUCAGAAACACCAGCUCAAGACAAUUCCCUGUAUAACCUACUACUUUAUGCUUGGUUGGAAUCUCAGUGCAUGCAUAAACUCCUUAUAUAAACUAAGACUGGUGGAUUGGAGACGGCCGUUGUGUGUGGGGACAUCAGUGUGACUGUGUUUUUAGACCGGCUGUCAGGGGUUUCGGUGAGAGGCAGGGGAGCCUCGGUUCCCGUGGCGAGCCCUGGAUGAAGGAGGAUGAGGAUUGAACACAUGCUCGGCGGUGCUUUGCAGAGAUUUUUGGGGGAGGGUGUUGAAAUUCUUAUUAAAUAUUCAAGUCAAGCAAUUCCAAGCUUGAGGAAGGAGAGGAAUAAGGGUCUUAACACAUGUGCUGGAAAAGAAAUGGGGUGCUUUAAAAAAGUAAUUAAAAAAAGAUAAUAAAUUGAUAUUAACACAUUAACUUGUCUUGAUUUGAUUUCUGGUUUUCACGUAACUUUUAAGUAUCUGAAAAAGGGGCCUAAAUGAUCUUAGUUUCAGUUUCUACAGUGUGAAUAUUUUCUGUUUUUUAAGAUAUGGCAAAGAACAUCUGUCAGUGUUUUUACAUAUUUUUAGGCAGUAGGGGGCUCAAACAAGU